AUGGAAGAUUUUCAGAAAAUAACAGAAAAUGAAAAUCAGUUGAAGAAAGCAAGUAAGGAAAAUGAUGAUGAUGCACAUGACGAUUUAGAAUUGGAUUUAAAUGAUGACAAUUUGGAUUUAGAUGAUGACAAUUUGGAUUUGGAUAACCACGAUGACAAAGUUGAUGCUGAUACCAAUCAUGGAGCUCAUGACGAUGAUGUUGAUGAAGAUGGUGAUGACGCAGACGACGACAUGGAUCAAGAUCAUAAUAUUGAUGAUGACGACAAUCAUAACGCUAAUGGUGCUGCUGAUGAUGAUGGCACUCAUGAAGCUAAUGAAGAUGAUGAUAAUGAUGUUGAUCAAGAUGACGUUGCUGUUGUUGAUGAAGAUCAUGCCAAUGAAGAUGAUGGUGAUGACAACGACGAUGAUGAUGAUGACAGUCAUGAAGCUAAUGAUAAUAUCGAUAAUGAUCCAAGCGUACAGAAUACUGAAGAAACUGCGAAAAAUAAACUGAAUCAAUUUGAACAAGCAUCUGCUGAUCAAGCAAACGACAAAACACCUGCUAAAAGUGCAGAAACUCCCAAAGAACAGAAAGCCUGGAAGUAUAAACGAAGAAAAUUUAAACGAACUUCAAAGACAAUGAAAUUGCUGUCACAGCAUGAUGAUGAUGAAAAAGCUGCAUUAUGCAUUGAAGCUCAACGGAACCUCCUCCGUUUACGGCAAACACAUAUACGGCAGUAUAAGAAACGUCGCAAACCUGCCUGCAAAUAUAAACUUGGACACCAAAUGCCAAUAGCUGAACUGAAAUUUCGACUUGGACUGAAUCUUCGACUUGAACUGAAACUUGGACUUAAACUUCGUCCCAAAUUCUUCGGUCUUUAUGAGACAGUUCAUCCCUCUGAUUAUUACGAAGUACGAAAGAUGCGCCAUGACGACACCAUUAUGAUAUCAACCUGUACUGAUGAGAUGAAACGGUGGUGA